ACGUCAUUGCAUGUGCAGCUCAUUGAGAUGAAAGGGAUCGCGAGGGGCUGUGCUCAACUUCAAAACGCGUCCCGAGUCCCGCUGCCGUACAGCAGCUUUCAGCGAACCGAGCGAGCGGCGUACAGGAAGAGAGAGAGAGACUAUAUAUAAUAUAAAGACUUUAUAUGUGUUUGAUUUUUGCAUCGCGUUUUUGUUGCGUGCCCAAAGUUAUGAUCACAAUAUUUAGUUCGCAACGUUAGUGCCUGUUGAAUUGGCGCAGCUUUGAUGUGUCUUGCUCGCUGAUCAUCGGUCAGAUUACAUAUUUGAGAUCAUAACCCUUCCCUGCCUUUGAUCUGCUGUUUUCCCCCCCCAAUCUGGUGGUUAUUUUGGAAUGGGACAUACAGUACGCCGGACUGUGAAAUGUUGCUGAGACGGAUGCAGAGAAUACUACAAGGGCUCUCGCUGGUGUAGAAGAGCCUUUGAACUUUGUUUUAACAAACUUGGUGGUCAGCAUUCUAACAGCUGCUGUACAUCAUUACAAUGGCCCGGAUGCUACGACACAUCUCCUUAUUUAUAUUGACAGUUCAAAUCAUAUUCUUACUCCUGGUUCCCGUGGGAGUAGCGGAGGAGAGCAGAGGCUGCAGGGAGCAGGAGUACAGGGACCUGUUUGGAACCUGCAAAGCCUGCCAGCAGUGCGAUGCAGGACAGGAGCUAUCAAAGGAAUGUGGCUUCGGUUACGGGGUGGAUGCCCGGUGCGUGGGCUGCCGGAGCGCCCGCUUCAAGGAGGACCGUGGCCUGCAGAAGUGCAAGCCCUGCCUGGACUGCGGCCUGCUCAACCGCUUCCAGAAGGCCAACUGCUCGGCCACUCGCAACGCCGCGUGCGGAGACUGCCUGCCCGGAUACUACAGGAAGACCAAGCUGAGCGGCUUCCAGGACAUGGAGUGCAUCCUGUGCGGAGACCAACCGCCGCCCUACGAGCCUCACUGCAGCGGGCGUGUGAACCGGGUGCCCCUGCCCUCGGUGCCCUCCAGCCCCCGGGACAUGGCCCUGGCGGCGGUCAUCUGCAGCGCCCUGGUCACCGUGCUGCUGGCCCUGCUGGUGCUCUGCGUCAUCUACUGCAAGAGGCAGCUGCUGGAGAAGAAGCCCGGAGCCUCCAUGAGGUUGCAGGACGGGCCGUACAGCGGGGCGGAGCUGUCGUGUCUGGACCGCCGCUGGCACCCGGAAUUCCCAGACCCCAUCUGCUGCCAGUGUCACCUGGGGCCGGGACACACCUGUGGUCCGGUCCACCUCAUCCCGUCUCUCUGCUGGGACGAGAGCUGCCGUCUGGGCCUGGACAGCCGGGGCCACAGUGCCUUCCAUUCCCAGAUGAGCUUGAGCUACGGGACCCCCAACCAGGACCAGGACCAGGACCACGAUGGCCCCCAGGACCACAGCGGGCCAGAACCCCCCCCGGGGGCGGCCUCAGCAGAGACCUGGCUCCCCGAGCGCUCAGAGAGCCCUGUGACACCGCAGCACAGCCCUGAGGUGGAGCGUUGUGGGACAGCAGAGGAGGAGGAGGUGGUGGUGAAGGAGGAGGAGGGGGUAGAGGAGGUGGAGGAGGUGGUGGAGGAACGUUCCCUGUUGGGAGAGGACGUCCAGAUGAGUUCACCUGACCGCUCAGCUUUGGAAGGAUGACAUGGGUUCCUCUGGCUGGCGUCCCACCCUUGAAGCACCCUGGACUGGACACAACAGCCGCAGCCAGAUCCUGUUUCAGAUCCACUCUGUGGAGAGUUCCCACAGAGAUUGCGCCAGCUCCAGCCCUGUGACUGAGGUCACCCUGCCUCUCCCAGAGCGGCUGCAGCUGACCCCCGGUCACCCAUCAAGGGAGCCCGGAGAGGGCCCAGGGAGGGAUAUGUACAUACGCAACGCAACCUGCGAGCACAGCAACCCGGGGCAACGAUCAAUAGAUUCAAAAGAAAGAAAAACAAACAAGGAUUUUUUUUUUCUUCUAAAAGGCUUAUUGAGAAAAUGUGAGGCCGCAAAAACUCUCCAGGUGGAGAAUUGAAUGAAGUUGGAAUAUUGAGUGACAUGUUUGUUGUUGUGUGCCAUUUAUAAAUAUAUGAAUAGAAGCAGUCGCUCCUGUACGCUGGGGGUGAGUUCUGAUGAGCUUUGAGAAAAGCUUUGCACCUUCACUUGUAAAUGAGCACGGCGCCACAAAACUAGCAGCCUUGCUUUAUGAAGCUUUAGUUUGUUUUGGUGUUUGUUCUUUUUCAAAUGUGAUACUGAAGAUCAUACUGAGCAAGUCAAGACAAUGAGGAAUGUUUGAUCAAAGUGUUUGCUGUAGAUACUGUACAUUAGUGAAUAGUUAAAUAUUUUUGUAACACUGAAGUUACUGACUGCAUUAUUGCAUAAUUUUUCCCUUGAAGUUCGCGUGCUGGUGGUUGUGCCAAGACCACACCUUUUGAUAUCAUUUUGCAUAUUUGUAAAUAAAAAACCAUACAAAUAAUUAUUUGAUUGUGUGAAUUCC